AUGUCGAUCUUACAAAAGAUUGCCGAUAUUGAAGCCGAAAUGGCCAAAACCCAAAAAAACAAAGCUACGAAUUAUCACUUGGGAUUAUUGAAAGCUAAAUUAUCAAAAUUAAAAGCUCAGUUAAUUGAAGGAGGUACAAAAGGAGGAGGAGAAGGAGAAGGUUUUGAUGUAUCCAAAACAGGAGAUGCAAGAAUUGGUUUGGUUGGAUUUCCAUCUGUAGGGAAGUCUACAUUAUUAAAUAAAUUAACAGGCACCUUUUCUGAAGUAGCAUCAUAUGAAUUUACUACCUUAACUUGUGUACCAGGUAUAUUUAAAUAUAAAGGAGCAAAAAUGCAAUUAUUAGAUCUUCCUGGAAUAAUUGAAGGAGCAAAGGAUGGGAAGGGAAGAGGUAAACAAGUUAUAGCUGUAGCCAAAAGCUGUUCUUUAAUUCUAAUCGUUUUAGAUGUAUUAAAACCAUUAACAUAUAAAAAAAUUAUAGAAAAAGAAUUAGAAGGAUUUGGUAUAAGACUAAAUAAAAAACCACCAAAUAUUAUUUUCCAAAAAAAAGAUAAAGGAGGUAUUAAUAUUACACAUACUGUACCAUUAAAUAAUUUAGAUGAAGAUAUGAUUAAAUCAAUUUGUCAUGAAUACAGAAUUAUAAAUGCAAAUAUUUCUAUAAGAUGUGAAGCCACUGUAGAUGACAUUAUAGAUGUUAUAGAAGGAAAUCGUUUAUAUGUACCAUGCAUUUAUGUAUUAAAUAAAGUUGAUCAAAUAACAAUGGAAGAAUUAAAUCUUGUAACCAAACUACCCCAUAAUGUUCCUAUUUCGGCUCAUUUAGAAUGGAAUCUAGAUGGACUCCUAGAAGCUAUAUGGAAUUAUCUAGAUUUAGUUCGUAUAUAUACAAAACCGAAAGGACAAAUACCAGAUUAUGAAUCUCCUGUUAUUUUGAAAAAAGAAAAAUGUAAAGUUGAAAACUUCUGUAAAAAAAUACACAGAUCUUUAGUACAACAAUUAAAAUAUGCCCUCGUAUGGGGAAAAUCGGUCAAGCAUAAUCCGCAAAAAGUGGGUAAGGACCACGAAUUGAAUGACGAGGAUGUGGUUCAAUUGGUUAAAAAGUAA